AUGCUGAGGAAACAAAUAAAAAAAGAGCGAGAAAUGCAGAGAGUAAAAAAUAAUAUUGCAGAUACAAUAGAAAAAAAAGUAGAUCAAGUAAUUAAAGACAUUAAGGCUGAUAACAUAGAGAACGUAAAAAAGAAACUUCUGUUCAACGAAACACUUAAUCGAGGAGUAUCUGACAAAUAUAAAAGUCUUUCUAAAAAAGACAAAAGAUCUUUUGCUGAAGAUAUUGUUGACGAUGCGAGGCUAAAAAAGUAUGGUGUACUGUCGAAGGUUAAUUUUGCUUUAAAAAAGAAAUUAUCUAAAAAACAAGUGCUACAAAAGAAAACAGCUGAGAUAAAACGAAGAGUACAAAAUUUUCUACAAGAAGAUGUAAACAGUCAAGUAGCUGCUGGAAAAAAUGAAUAUAUUAAACGCAGUGGCAUCAAAAAACAAAAACGUUAUCUGACUGAUAACAUAAAAAACUUAUAUACUAAAUAUUGCGAGAAGUGGGACCGAAUUUCCUAUUCAGUAUUUUGUAAAUAUAGGCCAUUUUGGAUAGUUCACCCUUCAGGAAAAAGAGACACGUGCCAGUGCAAGCUACAUGCCAAUAUGGAACUUCUAACAAAGUCUUUAAAAAAAAAGCAGGGCAUGGCAAGGGGGGCCCCAGAUGGCAUUGGUGCUGUUGUAAAAAGAACAGCUGACAACUACGUGAGACUCGGUGGCGAUGUAGGCUCAUUUGAAGACUUUGUGCAAGUUGUUCAGCAAAACAUUGCAAAUGUUAAGCUCAUUGUCAUCGCAGAGGAAGCGAUAACGGACAAAGAAUUUCCCAAAAACAUUCCUGCAUUUAAAGGGACAAUCAAAGUCCUCCAAACUCUUUGGUCUUCAUCUUUGCCCUUCGACAUUACUUUUAGAAGUCUUAGUUGUUUUGAUUGUCGAGAUAGUUACAUACCAUGUAAACAUAGAAAACAUCUCGGAGUACUAAAUAUGGGACUUUGUCAAGAAGCAACUGCACAAGAAAUGUCUAGUUAUAAUAACUAUAACGUUGUAAAUGUGAUGAAGUCCUUGACUGAUGGAACUAAUGGUGGAACAUAUGAUCCUUCUGACGUUAACAGCCCAAUCAACAUCGAUUCGCCAACCAUAUUUAACAAUAUCGGAGAUUUGAGGCAAUUCGAUUUAUUAUCAGAAACUUCGACCCCGAAAAUAAAUAUAAACAAUAAAUCUAAAGUAAACAUUUUAUCCAACAUUCCAGUAAUGUACCACAAUUGUAAUAUUCAAGGAUUUAGUUCCAUUAAGCAAACAGAAUUUAAGGAGUUAAUUCAACAUCCAGUUCCUCAAGAUUUCGAGGAUGAUAUUGAGGAGCUAGUAAUCAAAUCUGAUUUCGGUCGUGAUCAGAAUACAUCUAUUAGAAUGGACUACGACAUCGAAACAAAAGAAAACGUCGAAGUAAUUGAAUUAAAAUAUGACUUAGACCAAUGGGUGGUCGUUGAAUAUAAAAUGAAGAAGAACUCACAGUAUUUCGUUGGCAAAAUCAUCGAUAAGAUGAGUAGCACACUUGAAUAUAAAAUAUUAUUUUUAAGGAAAGGGCAUGGAAAGUCGGUAAAGUUCCAUUGGCCAGCAAUUUGCGACGAUGAUAUUGUAUCUGAAUCUCGUAUUCUACAGCACUUGGGAGAACCAGAAGAAUCUAGAAGAGGUGAAUUUACUUUUAAAAAGUUACCAAACCUUAAUUUCAAGUAG